AUCGACGGCUCGAGCAGCAUCCUACCCGGGGACUUUGCAAAGAUGAAGACGUUUCUCUCUGAGAUCAUGAAGAGUUUCCGUAGCACCGACACGCAGUUCGCGCUCAUGCAGUACUCCAAUAAAUUUAAAGAGCACUUCAACUUCACGGAGUACAGGAGAAAUCGUGACCUCAACGUCCUUGUCCAAGGAAUUGAGAAGAUUCACGGAACAACGCACACGGCCAGCGCCAUCCGGAAAGUGGUGCGGGAGCUGUUCACCUCUGAGAGCGGCGCUCGGGAGGAGGCCACCAAGGUUCUCAUUGUGAUCACAGAUGGGCAGAAAAACGAAGACCCACUUUCUUAUUCAGACGUUAUUCCGGAGGUGGAGAGAGCUGGGAUCAUUCGCUAUGCCGUCGGGGACUGCUCCGUGGCCACCUGUAAGAAGAUCCGGUGCACAAUCACCUCCCUGGAAAUACAGCAGCCACUGGAGUUCAUGAUCAAAGGGAACGUCGGCUUCCAGUGGGUCUCCCAGGUACGAGAGCUGCCUCUGCCUUCCGGCCAGACUCUGCAGCAGAAAGUGACCCUGGUGAGCGAGGCCCGGAUUGAAUACGAGGAGAAAAAAUACACCAAGAUGGAGGGAUUUGUCCAGCGCCAGCCCAGGGAUACAGUGUCAAACACGCAAAUGAACUCCAGUUCUGCAGUCGCUAGCUCUCUAAUUGAGCGGUGAAAUUAAAUCUGUGAUUGAGUGG